CAGAUCUCGCGCCCAGUGGUGUUUCUGUCCCAAUAACACACGCUCUGUGAGCGUCGUGGACGGUGUCGGCUUUCGAGCGACCGCCGUCUAACGCGUCAUACAUAUUUUUUCAAUCAUGGUUCUCCUCGAAGAUAAGAAGUACGCUUGUGAGGCUUGCAUCAAAGGUCAUCGUUCCUCCUCCUGCAAACACAUCGAUCGCCCCCUAUUCGAGAUCAAGAAAAAAGGUCGCCCCAUCACUCAAUGCGAACACUGUCGAGAGUUGCGAAAGACGAAGCAAGUGCAUGUCAAAUGCUUGUGUGAAACCAAAGACGGUGCUAGCGAAAAGGCUCCUAAGUCUGGAAAGAAAGGCUACGCAAAGGUGGCGGCGAGCGCCGCGUUCCCUCACGGCUUACCAGAAGCCCUGGGAGCGUCGGUCGCACUGCACGCACCUUCCGAUGCGUCCUCGUCCGAUUCAGACGGAGGCCUUUCCGCCGACGCUCCGUGUGACUGCAAGGAUGGCGGUGACUGUCAUUGCUACACUGCCAGGCGAUCGCACCCAAAGCAAGGCGGGCAGUCUAUAUUUAACACGCGUGUCAAACCUGCGCCCGUCGAAACCCCUUCGCGUGCCCGUUCGAAUUCUUCCCCUUUCGCAGCUAGUGGUUCGACGCCACGCGACCUUCGACCUGUUCUACCUCGUCCCCCUCAGCAGACUGAUUUGCUUGACUUGCCUCCUCACACUACACAUCCCCACAACUCUCGGGCCACCCAUGGCAUCACUUACUACAGCCCGUACACGCGCGCUUACGAAGGUCACCUGUAUACUUUUGAUGGCGGCUAUCAAGCAGACCAGCCUGAUAAACCGGAGCUCGAUUCUGACAUGGCCUUCUUCGAUAACGCCCUGCCGUUAACUGCGCCCAUUCCUCAGGGGCUAUCGCAGAACUUUACUCUCUGGCCAGAUCAGAACGAAUCGUUCACCGACUUCCGGGCUUCGUGUGGCUGUGGCGAUUCGUGCGCGUGCCCAGGUUGCUUCCAACAUAGGGGCAACACUUGGACGACUGGGGCCUGUGCUAAUCCUAGCGUUUGCAACUCGUGCCUCACCUCUUCGAUUCCAGCCCCUUCGGCCCCAACCCCACCUACUACGCCCCUUGGGGGUUACGUUCCAUCCCCAUUCGAGCCCUUGGACGAGUGGAUUCGGGGCAUCUCUUCGACGAACCCUCCAUCCAUUUUCCACCCGCCCAACUCUUCUGGAGAUGCGUUCCCUUACGUUUCAUACGGCAAUAUCCUGCCAAAUCCGGAACUAAGCCAGAUGCCGGGUCCGUUCCCCAUGGAAGUCGCCUCUGGAUGCUGUGGAGGGCGUUGCGGGUGCCCUCCGGGCCGAUGCACGUGUCUGGAUGAUUGUUGUGGGUGCUGUCAAGGAUGUCAGUGUGAGGAUUAUGUCCACGACACCCAGCCGGUGUCCGGAAAUGCACAUGGCGCGCUGGCGAUGUUUGCUUUGUCUGGUGAAAGGACGUCUUGUUCUGAAGGUCGAUGCAAUCAUGGUGGUUCGGAGCGCGUAGGCGUGACGCCAUGGGAUUUCUCAGGGACGUUGGACGGGUUCAAUGAGACAGACAUCGCUUCACCAUCUGUUCAGCCCAGGACGAGCCAAAGUUUUUCGGGAGAUAUGUCCGCUGCAGCUUUGUCGCGCCAACGAGUCAUCCUGCCUAAACCUUCAUCGACUUCACCUACCACCUCUGUACUCCCUAUCGUGGAAACCUUCUAUUCCUUCCCGUCUUAUACCCGCUCGGCCGUGAGCGUCACGUCUGACACUAGCGUUAGUCACAAUUCCGCCUUUUCUAGGGGGGGGACACAUGCUAUGAUUGGGGAGCAAUAUGAUGCGCAGAGCAAUCCGCAAUCGGUUCGGAUGCAGGUGGGAUCUGUGUUUCCUCCUAUGUUCUAGUCAAACUUCCUAGUCAUUUCUCAGAACCUUCUUGUAUAAUCCUCCUACUCUCUGGAUCGUGUUUCGAUUUAAGUUCUUUUAUGGCCGGUACCU